CACGGAAGAAAAUACCAACCAAAGGCAAGCAACCAAACCCCAAAGCAAAGCACCUUAAAAAGUAGCACCCCACCCCAUUUUUAUUCUCUUACAUUGAACCGCCGUUGUUCAACAUCGUAUUCAUAUUCAUAUCCCCCAUAUCUCACAACUCUCAUUUUCCCACUCUCCCUCCAUCAAACACACACAUUACUCACCAACCAAAAAGCAAGAAAUAAAAAAAAAAAAAAAGGAAAGAAAGAAAAGAAACAACUCUCUCUCUCUCUCUCACACACACACACACACAGUCAUACUCAAACAAAUAAUUUUUUUUUUCCAGAUGGGAUUUUGCUUCUCCAAAUUCAAGAGAACCAGGGACAUCCCCAUAUCAUCAUCCUCUCCAUCAGACUCCCCCUCUCCUCCCUACAAUCCACCCCCUCCCCUCCACCAUGCACUGCCACCACCAGGACAAACCACCGCAGCACCACGGCCGCCGUCGCCGCCCAACAUCGGGCCGGUCCUCCGUAAGCCUUGCAUCGACAUAACCACACUGUACGAUCUUGACAAAGAACUGGGCAGAGGGCAGUUCGGCAUCACCUACCUCUGCACAGAGAAAGCCACCGGAUUGAAAUACGCGUGCAAGUCCAUUUCAAGAAGAAAGCUCGUGACUGAAAAGGACAUAGAAGAUGUAAGAAGGGAGAUCAUGAUUCUGCAGCACUUGACCGGACAGCCUAACAUCGUUGAGUUCAAAGGGGCUUAUGAGGACAAGAAAAACCUGUAUUUGGUUAUGGAGUUGUGCUCCGGGGGUGAGCUCUUCGACCGGAUUACAGCGAGAGGGAGCUAUUCUGAGAAGGAGGCUGCAAGACUUGGGAGACAGAUUGUGAAUGUGGUUCAUGUUUGUCAUUUCAUGGGAGUGAUGCAUAGAGACUUGAAGCCUGAGAAUUUCUUGAUGGUGAAUAGGGAUGAGGAUUCUCCCUUGAAGGCUACUGAUUUUGGGCUCUCAGUUUUCAUCGAGUCAGGAAAAGUCUAUAGAGAUGUUGUCGGGAGUGCUUAUUAUGUGGCGCCUGAAGUUCUGGGAAGAAAGUACGGCAAGGAGAUUGAUGUCUGGAGCGCUGGAGUCAUUUUGUACAUACUUUUAAGUGGAUUUCCACCCUUCUGGGCUGAGACAGAGAAAGGUAUAUAUGAGGAAAUCUUGAAGGGUCAUGUAGACCUUCAGACCUCUCCCUGGCCUUCUAUAUCAGCUGGAGCAAAGGAUCUCAUCACUAAAAUGUUGACCAUGGAUCCAAGAAAAAGAAUUACUGCUGCGGAAGCUCUUGAGCAUCCUUGGCUGAAGAAAGACGGCGAAGCAUCAGACAGACCGAUUGACAGUGCUGUUCUAAUCAGGAUGAAGCAAUUCAGGGCGAUGAACAAGCUGAAAAAGCUCGCACUCAAGGUUAUUGCUGAAAACCUGUCUGAAGAAGAAAUCAAGGGACUAAGACAAAUGUUCAACAAUAUGGAUACUGAUGGAAGUGGUACUAUUACAUAUGAAGAACUCAGGACAGGGUUGUCUAAGCUGGGAUCCAAGCUUAGUGAAGCUGAAAUAAAACAACUGAUGGAAGCUGUAAGAAUUUCUGCACUCUCUCAUCUUGCAUUGGUGCAAAUUUUAAAUUUAUUGCCUGAACGGUACUGUUCUUUCCUUAUCCAGGCCGAUGUUGACAAGAACGGGACCAUAGACUACAUUGAGUUUAUUACUGCGACCAUGCAUCGGCAUAGACUGGAGAAAGAAGAGAAUCUGUACAAGGCUUUUCAGUAUUUUGACAAGGAUAAUAGCGGAUAUAUUACAAGAGAUGAGCUGAGACAUGCCAUGCAACAAUAUGGGAUGGGGGACGAGGCGACAAUCGAUGAGGUUCUUGAUGAUGUCGACACUGACAAAGACGGGAGGAUCAAUUACGAAGAAUUCGCGGCUAUGAUGAAAAAAGGAACGGUCGAUUUCUCUGAACAACUGAGGACGGACGAAUAACAUGUGCAAUAUCUCAUCAAUUAUUAUGUGAGAAAAGACUCGACCGAGCGUUGUACAUAACUCAAUAUUUUUCACAUGAUCAUGUUUGGACCCUUUUUAUUUCCAUCAAAUAAUGUUGGGACAGCGUAUGAACGGAUUCGCAAAUUGUAUUUCAGUGCUAAUAAAAGGUGCAAAUUAGUGCUAA